UCUUUUCUUUAUCUUUCUUUCGCAAUAUUAAUACCACUUUCUUGGUGAUCAAAGUAUCAAUUUUCAGUAGAUAAAGAAUUGAUCAUUCCAUCUGUUUUACUAAAAAGAAAGUCUCUCACAGUUCAUCUUCCAAGAACUCACAAUCCAUUGUGAAAGUCAUCCAUACUAUUGUAUUUUCUUGCAAAGGGUCUUGUGGGAUUAUCUUAAGAAUGUGGAAGAAUAACGAUAAGGGGUCUCCGGCGAGGGGAUUCUUGACCCCACCGCCUAAAUGGAGAUCACCGGCGACGGAGAGGUGGCCAACUUGUGCACAGAGUGCUAAAGCUGAUCUUUUUCAUGUCAUUCAUAAAGUUCCUUCUGGUGAUUCUCCUUAUGUUAGGGCCAAACAUGUUCAGUUAAUUGACAAGGAUCCAAGCAAGGCAAUUUCUCUGUUCUGGGCAGCAAUUAAUUCCGGUGACCGAGUUGAUAGUGCCCUGAAAGACAUGGCAGUGGUGAUGAAACAGUUGGAUCGUUCAGACGAGGCAAUCGAAGCAAUAAAGUCAUUUCGACAUCUUUGUCCCUUUGAGUCACAGGAAUCGAUUGACAACAUCUUGAUUGAACUCUACAAGAGAUCUGGUAGGAUCGAAGAAGAGAUUGAAGUACUUGAACUGAAACUGAAGAACGUAGAAGAAGGCAUAGCAUUUGGUGGGAAGAAGACUAAGAUUGCUAGAUCUCAAGGAAAAAAGGUUCAGAUCACAAUUGAAAAGGAGUACUCAAGAUUGUUGGGGAACUUGGCAUGGUCACACAUGCAACUGAAGAACUAUAAUUUGGCAGAAGAGUACUAUAGAAAAGCACUCUCUCUCGAACCGGAUAAGAACAAGCAAAGCAAUCUGGCGAUCUGUUUGAUGCAUCUGAACAAGAUUACAGAAGCUAGGUUUCUGAUUCAAAGCAUAAAAGCUUCAGAUAGAAGGCAGAUGGAUGACUCAUGCACUAAAUCCUUCGAGCGUGCCACUCAAAUGCUAGCUGAAUUAGAGUCUCAUGGCACUCUGAACUCUAAGGAACCGGAGGAUGCUUCUAGACCUCCAAAGAACUUUUUUACACAACCAAGAAGAUUUUCAUGUUCAGUCAAUGAAAGCAAUGGGUUCACUAAGGACACUGUUAAUGCCUGUAGUCGAAGAUUGUUAUUUGAGCAAACAACAAAUAACGAGAAUGUUGAGAACCAUAAUUUCAACAAGCUCGUUUCUGCUAAUGAGAUGAGCAUAAAAGCGUCUCUUGUACGUGGACAAGCGUUCUCUAGGUCAUGGAAAAAUGGUAACAUGAAAAGUGAAUGUGAUUUGCAGCCACUUUACUACAACAAAUGGAAAAAGAACUCUUCGGGGACUGAUGCAUCAGAUAAAAUUUCUCUAGAGUCGUCUAAGUCUCCCACAGAAUCAUCGGCUGAUAAUACAAGUGCAAGAAAAUUUCCUGAAGAUGUGGUGACAUUAACGGAUACCACUGAAUACUUGGAGAGCACAAACGUGAAACUGUUAGACUUGGCUGCAUGCAAAAGCAAGAAGAGCUGGGCUGAUAUGGUGGAAGAGGACGAACUAGGUUUCCAAUUCCAUGAAACUCCAUGCAAAUAUUCUGAUGCCAAUGAGAAUGUCGAUUCCAAUAUUAUUAAUCUUGGCCAGAAGAUUGAAUCAUUGUGUCUGAGUGAAGGAUAUCAUACGCAGCCUGGACGAGAAGUGAGGCGUUCCUUGUGCUUUGAUCAGAAUGACAGAAAAGAAAAUUGUUCAUCUAAAUUUCAGUUGAAAGAUCUUAAGAUUGGAAGCUUGAACCCCUUACCACCUAUAGGAGACAUUGCUAAUCAAACUCCAGUCACGCUGAGGCGAAGGAACAGAUUGCAAGUAUUCAGAGAUAUAACUCCUGAAAGUCCUAAACCUUGAACUAUUAUCAUUUACAGAAAUAAAUAGCAACACUGUAAACGGAAAUGUUUUGCUGUCUGCUGUAAGUUUAGCGUAUUUGUUGGCCGAUCUUAUGAUCGUUUGAUGACUGCUAGACAUGUCAUGCUAGCCAUAAGAAACACGUGUUGGUAAGUGUAUAAAAUUUUGAAAGUGAUGAUUACUUUUGCCUUUUCA